AUGGCAGAUAAUAUCAAACUUCAGGUUGCGGUGAUCGGCGCAGGCAUUGCCGGCCUCGCAGCAGCCAUUGCUCUUAAGAGCCACCCUGCAGUCGAUGUGCAGAUAUAUGAACGAGCAGCCGAGCUUCGAGAGAUAGGGGCAUCGAUCGCACUCGGCCCCAAUGGGAUGCGGACACUUGACAGGCUCGGGGUCCACAAUGCUCUCGAAGACACGAUCGCAUUUCGCAAUAAAUCAAGAUUUCCGAUGAUUUAUCGCCACUAUAAAACAAACGAGGAUGUAUCUGUAGACACACACAAAAGCCAUGUGGAAUACAACCAUCUCACAUCCCGUUUCUACAGAGCGCAUUUGCAUAAUGCACUUGUCGAGCACGUAGACGCAUCACAACUGCACUUGUCUAAACCGUUUGAAUCUGUAAUAUUCGACGAAACAAUACAGAAGCUCGUGGUUAGUUUCGCCGACGGCUCUACCGCAAAUGCAGAUAUUGUUCUCGGAGCUGAUGGCAUUCAUUCCCGAGUCCGGACACAAUUUGUACCGUCCUCGCGAACUGCUUGGACAGGCUGGGUAACUUUCCGCUCAGUCUUUCCCGUGGCCCAUCUCUCACACAUUCACGAUGUCCCAGAUGAGGCAGUUCAUAUCUGGGGCCCUGAUAGAACCUUAUUCUUAUCCCAUCUUGGCAAGGAUUUGUUUACAGUAGUGGGCUCCGAGCAGAGCGAUCCUAGCGCACCGGAUGCGCCAUAUAAGGAUGCUACGUGGAAUUCAGAUGGAGAUGUGAAUGUUCUGAAGGAGUACUACAAGGACUGGAGCCCAUCUGUCCGGGCCAUUGUCGAUGCCGUGCCGUACACUAGAAUCUACCCGAAUAGCACUGCUCACGCAUUAGACACAUGGAUCCUGGGAGAAGGCCGUGUCACCCUGGCAGGCGACGCCGCGCACGCCCAUGGUGGUGCAUUCGCAGCUGGCGGUAGUCUGGCGCUUGACGAUGCUUGGGCUUUUGCUGCCUCAAUAUUCCAGAUUUUCCCACCAACCUCAACGCAUGCCCCGAAAGGCCAGGCCAUCGCGGAUGCACUCGCCUUAUAUGAACGAACGAGGAAGCCACAUACGGAUCGGGUGAUGCAAGUUGUAGCCCAAGGAAAUGCAAAAAAGGUCGAGCAGACCAGAACAAAGGAUGUCAUUACCGAUGAACAGCUGAGGAAGAGAAUGAAGGAGAGAGCAGACACUAGUUGGAUUCAUGAGCACGAUGUCGUUUCAAAGUUCCGAGAAACUUUGGCGGCUGGAUCCAAGACUGAGGAGCAUCAAGCUCGAUUGUGA